UUACACCUCGACCGUGAAACCCCUUGUCUCUCUCUCGUCUUCUUUCUUUUUUUCUUUCUCGAAGCCAUCGCCUCCUUCCCUGUCGACCUCGCCGACUACUUCUCUUCUCUCUCUCUCUCUUCUGCGCGUCCGAUGUUUCUCCAAGACGGUUGUGUGGCGGAGACCCCAGCAAUGGCUCUCCAUUCGUACCCCUCCCAAAGAGACGUUACUUAUGGCUGUGGUCACUGUGGCUACGCAUUGAAUCUAAGCUCAUCAAAUCGGAACACCACCAACAUCGGCUUAAAGUAUGGGAAAGCAAUCAAGAAAGGAGUUGUAUCAUUCUUCUCAAUAGAUGAGAGUCGGUUCUCUCAAACGGAUGAAUUGAGGUGUCUACCUUACUUCAAUUCAAAGAACUCAUGGGGUCUCUUCAGGCGGAAGACCAGACUCCUCUGCCGCAAGUGUGGGAGCUAUAUUGGUAGUGCUUAUGAUGAGAAUUCCCCUCCAAUUGGGUCGGAAAAUUCAGACUCGAGCUCUGGAAAUGGGGCCUCUGCUUGCAAGAAGUACAAUAUCAAGAUCAGUGCACUGCAGCCAUGGUCAGAUGACUCAGGUAUUCCCCUUUUCACAUGAUGGAAAUGAGCAAUUAAUGAGGGGCCUUUAAUGCUGGUUUGUCUCUUGGCUUAAGAGUAGCGUAUGAGAGGACAAAAUGGAAGGUGGGAAGAUGUUAGCCAUGUUUGUUAUUGUUUUGUUGACCUCAGAUGUACAAAGGUGCUUGGGUUAUCGAUGGGUGGUCUGUCAAGGUAUAUAAUAGAUGUGUUUUGCAAUUUUGUUGUGCGUGUAUAUGAUGGAAUUGAAAAUAAAAUUUUGUGUGUUGUCAUGCUUAUUUUUGUUA